GACAUCCGACCCUGAUAUCAGAUCACAUCCCAAAGGUAAACAAUGUACAAUGAGAUGGUGAGAUGAUGAAAGUUCCUAAAUUCUGAUAAUUAAAGCCGAACCGUUGACCGACGACUAACAAAAUGACCGUCCAAUUUCGAAAUGCGCUGAGUUCCAGAAUUCUCCAGUUAUUACGAGUCGAUGCAAACGAACCAUUGGCUUUCCAAUCGAUCUACGGUGCUCUAAAAUUGCGAAGAGGCGAAAAUCAGCCUGAAUUUCAUCUAUCGACAAAGGAAUUCGCUUCGAUCUGUAAAGAUGUGGGCCUAUCAAAAUCGCCGACCGAAAUCGUUUCGGAUGUGUUGACAGCUGACUAUGAUAAGGAGCAAAUAGUCGGAGCGAAAUUGGUAAAUCAUUCGUACGAUAAUGUGGUCACGUUUGCACUGAAUCACAAUAACUUUGUCAGCGAAGUGUUUGCCAGCGCCGACAAGACUGUGUUCAACGAACCGAAACGGCGAAUCAUCGUCGAGUUCAGUUCGCCGAAUAUAGCGAAACCGUUCCAUUUCGGCCACCUGCGUUCAACAAUCAUCGGCAAUUUCAUAUCAAAUAUUUACAAGUUUUUUGGCCACGAUGUAAUCCGAAUGAAUUAUUUGGGCGAUUGGGGAACACAAUUCGGUCUGCUGCAAAUCGGAAUGGAACUCAAUAAAUUGUCCACCAAAGAUAUCAAGUCCGAUCCAAUCACACAUCUGUUCAAUGCUUACGUUCAAGCCAAUCAACUGGCCGCAUCGGAUCCCAGCAUUUCGGAAAGAGCACGGAGCAUUUUCUGUCAAUUAGAAAAUGGCCAAACGACAGACCUCAGUGAUUGGAUGGAAUGUCGAAAGUUCACUGUAGAUGAAUUGAAAGGGAUCUAUCGACGUCUUGGAAUUGAAUUCGAUGAGUAUUCAUGGGAGUCGGAGUAUCGCAAGCAGAACAUUAUGCAAAUCAUUGACCUCAUGAACGAAAGGGGAUUAUUAAAGACCGAUUCGGACGGGAAAUCCAUAGUUGAAGCGGGAGACAAAUCGUAUACGUUGCGGAAAAGUGAUGGGACGACGUUGUACUUGACUCGCGAUGUUGCAGCGAUUUUCGAUCGCUCUAAGAAGUAUGACUUCGAUGAAAUGCUAUACGUCGUCGAGAACGGACAGCACAAUCAUUUCCAAUCCAUGUUUGACGUGGCGAAACUGUUACAUUUUCCGAAAGUUGAUCACUUGCGGCACAUUAAGUUCGGUCGAAUAGCAAAAAUGAGUACCAGAAGGGGAAAUGUUGUAUUCUUAAAGGAUGUUCUAGACGAGGCUCGUGAUCUGGCACUUGAAAUAAUGGAGAAGGACAAAGACACAAAAAUCGACCUUAAAUCUAUGGGACAAACAGUUGCUGACGUACUUGGAACCUCGUCGGUGAUAAUCAACGACUUAAAACUGAAACGUAGCGCGACCUACGAAUUCGAUUUGGAAGAAGCUUCGAAGGUUACUGGACACACUGGAUAUCAACUUCAAUAUACUCACUGUCGCCUUUGUCGAUUAGAAGAAAUACCUGGCGUUAAGAUGGCAACACAUUGCAAUCCAAAACUGCUACAAGAACCAGAAGCAGCUAAUCUCAUCUAUAGUAUGGCUCGCUGUGCAGACGUGUUGAAAGAUGCGAAGGACAGCUUAGAAGCAUUUCGUGUUGUGAAAUAUACGUUCGACCUGUGUAAAACCAUCAACAAAGCGCAUCGAGAGCUGAGUAUUAAAAAUGAAUCGAACUCAGAGAUUCAGGAACAGCGAAUGCUGCUGUUUCGAACGGCCAGAUUAAUUGUUAAUCGAAAUAUGCGAUUAUUGGGAUUGCAGCCGCUGGAGAGAAUGUAGGCGAUGAUGAGUUGUUAUAGAUUUUGUUAAUUAAAUGAAAUUGUUUGCGAAAAUGAG